CCGAGACGUUCAGUGGGCCAGGGGCACAGCGAACGAAGCGGACGGAUAUCACCAACACACGCAACACAGCCGGCAACAACAACAACACCACAAGACAGUCAGAUUAUAACACCAAGAGAGACAUAGCCGGUGUGUGUGUGUGUGGGGUCACAGCGAGAGGUUCAAUUAAAGUUUAUCUUCGGGAACAUUACAACAAUACGACGUUACUUGUGCCGUGGCUUGUAAGGCUCGCUAACGAACAGUGCUGACUGUAUUACUUCUCGCUACAUGGACGACAGAGGGGUGUUGGACCGAGCAUAGCAGGGCCGAGCUGUUAGGAUUCAAGAAAGAAGAAUAAAUAUCCAUCGUGAAGUGGUCCGUUGACUUUUGUUGGAGUACAGUACGGUGGUUUGUGUGGUUAUUAACCACUGUAGUCGCAAUGCACUGCCGUGCAAUGUUAGCGGACACGCGUGUUUGCCUUAUCGCAUUCUGGGACCUUUAAGAUGCAACAACGCGUUCCGCCCGUUUGCUGAGAAUUUCGUAGCACCUUGCGGAAAAUGACAUCGAAGUAAACAAAAUAAAUCAUGUCAGUUACUGGCAAUGAUGAGAAACCAGGGGGGAGAAAGCCAAGCCCUCCGAGCAAGGAGAACGGUGAACUUAUCGUACGAGCUGAAUAUGACUACGAGUACACGAACACCAGUGGCCGCGUGGUGACGAUCAAGGAAGGCGAGGAGUUUGAGCUCCUCAAGAAGACCAACGGCGACUGGUGGCAAGUCAGGCGUUUCGGAGAACGCAAACCCAUUUACGUACCCGCGCUCUACGUCGUGGCGGUGCCGCGAAAGCUCGAGGAGGAUUCGCGAAGGCUCGCGCGAGAUGACGCGCAAAUCCAGGCCAGCGACGGCCCAAAACCUGGCGAAGAAAAGAAGAGGACUCACUUCGAGGACAUUCAGAAAAUCAAGGAAGACCUCAGGCUUUCAGAGUCUGCCAAGAGGUCUGCGGAGGAUGUCCGAAAACCUCCGGAGGAGCCGAGGAAUGCGUCGGAUGAGCCAAGGAAGGGGGGCGACACGUUGCCAAGAAAGCUCGGCGACGGCAGCAAAAGGGCGCUGAUGCCACCACAGGUGCUCAUGAACCUGAAGCACGUCAUCAACAACAACAAUAACGCACCGGCAGAGCAGCAGCUGAAGACGACUAGAAGCAAUGACAAACCCGUGGAAGAUGGCCCCAGGAUAAUUUCGGUUGCCGGAGGACCGCAAGCCGUCGAUCCGAGCAAACCGUCGUCUCCGAAGAUGCAGUGCGCCUUUGUCGUGAUCGGCCGCGAGAACGCCGAAGGUGUUAAGGGGAAGAGCAACUCCCUUCCGGGGCAUGCGGGAGGAUUUGUACGCCAGUUUGACACCGUCACCCCUGGGAGCAGCAUGGACGAUCUGAGUAGCGGCAGCAAUGCACACCAAACUCCUCCGAGUGGGGACCUACCGCCCAAGGUGAAAAGGCCUGACUCUCCAGUUUAUGCAAAUCUUCAGGACCUAAAGCUCAUGUGUCCCACUACUUCCCUGCCACAGUCCACUGUUGCCGGAGGACAGAUUUCCGGGGAUGGCUGGGAAACACUCUUCGAUGCAAAAUCAUCGAGACACUACUACUACAACCGUAUCACGCGCGAGACCUCCUGGAAGCCGCCACGCAAGCAGGGCCGCGAUCCUAAGUCUGACCAAAAUUGGUGGAAGUCCAAGGAUGACACCGGUGAAGUUUACUACUACACCGAGGAUGGGCGAACUGAAUGGGAACUUCCAGAGGAUCCAUCGGGAUCAACCGGUGUCGAGUGGUCACCUGACCAUGAUCUUGCAAACACGGUCCCCGAUCAUAAAGUGUUGCCACCUACCCCACGUGCGAACGAUGCACCUAGCCACAAGAUUGACCAUGAAACUAAGUUGGGUGGGCACAAGAGAACACCUUCUGAUCACAACUUGUGCAGCAUUUCCGACCUGGCGCUCUCUCUGCCCGCCGGCCUUGAAAAGGCUGGCAUGUUAAACAAAACCAAAAUAACAGAGGGAGGCAAGAAGUUACGGAAGAACUGGACGAAUGUGUGGGUGGUGUUGGUUGGACACGACCUUAUCCUCUACAAGGAUCCCAAGUCCCACACCGGAUGGAAACAAGGUGCAUCGAACAGCAAACCCGAGUGCUGCAUCGACCUCCGGGGGGCGCACAUUGAGUGGACGCGAGACAAGUCCAGCAAGAAAAACGUGUGCCAGCUCACAGUGUCUGGAGCCAACGAAUUCCUCCUCCAGUCCGACAACGACCACACGAUGCAGGAGUGGUACCAGUCCAUCCGAUCCCUGAUCGCCAGGCUGGAUAAAGACACGCCGGUGCCAACCCCUGAAGAGCAGCGGAGGGGAAUCCCGAAGCCGGGUGCGGCGCCGGCGUCGUCCUCUGCCCCCGGAGCCAGCACGCCCGACGAUGGAGACGUCAGCGGAGACGACGAGCCGUACGAACCGAGCUUGAGAGACAAGAAGGAUCAGCGAGACUCCCGCAAGGGCCAUGCCAAUGAGAUAUCUGAUAAGAAGAGGAGCCGCUUAAGAAAGUUAAUCACACGGCGACCCACUCUGCAGACACUCAAAGACAAAGGCUACAUUAAAGAGCAAGUGUUUGGCUGUCCCCUGGCGUGUUUGUGCGAACGGGAGAACUCCAUGGUGCCGUUAUUCGUGAGGAUGUGCAUCGAGGCCAUUGAGAGACGAGGGUUGGAGAUUGACGGUGUGUACAGAGUGAGUGGGAACCAGGCCACGAUACAGAAACUGCGCAUCAUGGUGGAUCAUGACGAGCACGUGGACCUGGACGACAGCCAAUGGGAGGACAUCAACGUUAUCACGGGCGCUCUCAAGCUCUUCUUCCGCGAACUUCCCGAGCCACUCGUCCCCUACAUCUUCUUUGAACAGUUCAUCGCCGCCAUAAAAAUCUUCGAAUACCAUAACCGGGUGAAAUGCAUGAAGGAUCUCAUCAAUAUUCUUCCAUUGCCAAACCAUAACACCAUGAAGUUUCUCAUCAGGCACCUAAAGACGGUGGUGGCGCACGGGGAGAAGAACCGCAUGACCAUGCAGAACAUGGCCAUCGUGUUUGCGCCCACGCUGCUGCGGCCCGAGGUGGACCCGGGGAACAUGGCCGUGCACAUGGUCUAUCAGAACCAGAUCGUGGAUCUCAUCCUCGGGGAGUGCGACAACAUCUUCGGGACGGACUGAGUGCGAGGCGGCUUGCAAACCCCUCUGGGUCCCCGACGACUGCGCGUGGGGCGAGAGAGAAGCGUCUUCAGCGAGCGCCAGCUUUGCUACAAACAAAAUGCGUCAAUUCAUGAAACAUUGGCACGUAAACGUUUUUUUGUUAAUGCCUGCGCUGCCUGUGUUAAAAAAAUGCAGAAGACUUGAGGAUUUAAGGAUAAGGGUUUGCUUUUUUAGGGAGCUUCAGCGCUUCAGCAGGCAACUCAAAAGAGACUUGCAUUUCAUCUCCAACAUUUCGCAAUGCCCUGCUGCAACCUCGGCAAGGGAAGCCCUCCCGGUGGUAGCUUGUCCCUGUACGGUACUCUGUGUACGCGGCACCGGCCUGCAAUCCGCAUUUACAGAUACAUCCUUCUGUGUGUUUUUCACGUGUGUGUAUUAUAGUAGAGACCGAGUUGCAUUGGCGGAGAGCAAUGCCGAUCGACGUUGAUCAGCCCGGUGUACAGAAAUCGCCACGUUGUACGCAUGAAUCACACCAGGGAUAAGGAAAAGCAUGCAAGCUGACGAGUUUGUAUAUAUUACUGAAAUCUUCUAGUGUUCUAGAAGAGUGCCAGCAUUCAUCCAGUCACAUCAUUCCUGGUGUGUGUGCGCGUGUGUCGUCGGUUUUGUCUUGCUCUACGAUAGUUUCAUUUCUAUACAGAAGUCUGCAUGUUGCACAUUUUGCAGAUAUGCCUGUGACCAAAUUCCCCGGAAUGUGUGCCUGAUCUUGUCAGGUCGAUGAUAAGCUGAGCAAAGCUUGAGUUUGGGAUAAUGCUCGGACAAAGUGACCAUCACACAUGAACCAUGCGUUGUAGGACGCUAUGGGGCUAGGUUGUGAGCAGAGGGCAGUGCAGCAAUAUGCACUGCUGUACUGCGCUGUAACGUCUUAUGCUUUCACAAUCCAUACCCCGAGUGGUGAAGUAUGGUCAAUUAAGCCCCUCCAUAGCGGUGGGAUUGACAAAAGGGCUGUACAUAUGCAUUAACUGUGCUUAAGGCAAUUAGCCUGGGUGGUGUAAUGGUGAGUGUGCGGUUCGUUAUCAUUAGCUUGUAAGUUUUGAGUCCAGGUCAGGGGAGGG